GUACAUAUGUCAAUAGGUAUCUGAUAUACUGGUUUACAAUCCACUGAACAUGAUGAAACAUUUGAAUUUGAAAAAGUACUUUGAGUAGAGAAGGCCAAAGACUUAUAUUACCAAACAACUGCAAUGGUAUUGAAGUUGUUAAGGAGCCAGUUACCAGCUGCACUGUUGACUCUGAAGACAAAGGCUCCACAGUCUCAACAUAUGUGUGGACUGAUCCAAGCUGAACUAUUUGCUGGUUUGGAAUGGUUCAACUUUGUUGUAGACAAAUGGCCAGAUUUCACAUGCAUUGCUGCCACCCCAGAGGAAUGGCUUAUUAAAAAGAUACCUAACAUUGACGACAAUGUAAGGGUGAGUGUUUUCUCACAUGGUUCUGAUGCAGUGACUACUACAUUCCUCCAACAAUGUGGAAUCAACUUUCAAAACAAAAUAUGUUUUUCAGCAAUAGAAGAGAAUAUCAUAAGAUGCAUAAAGAAUAUGACUCCAACGCAAGGCACCAUCAGAGUAACUGAACCAUGUUUUAUGUUUGGAGUUCACAACAAAGUUUCAAAUAUGUCUAAAGAUAUUGAAUCAAAUGGUGUGAUAGUUGAUGAAUUAAGGGAGAGCGAUGUCGAUUAUGUGAAUGCUACAUGGACCUUUGGUGGAAACGUACAUACCAGAGCAUUCAUCAGCAAUCUAGUUGAAUCAUUUCCAACAUCUUGCAUCAGAGACAAGGAAACCCAUUCAAUAUAUGCACAUAUGAUGUUAUCUAGUGAUCUGAGUAUGGGCAUGCUACAUGUGGAGGAGUCUAAACGUCGCUUGGGCUAUGGAUCAACUGUUAUAAAUAAUUUGGCGGCAAAAGUUAUACAGAUUGGAGGGAUACCUUUCUGGUAUGUUGUCACUGACAAUCUGACAUCUACAGCAAUGUCUAAACGUAAUGGCAGAACACUAUGCGAUGACAUAUUUUCCUGGGCAACAUAUUUGCCACAUAAGUCAAAUGAGGAAAAGUUUAACUAGACUGUGAAAGUAAUUUGAUUUUGAUUUUUUAGAACACUCCCUUUCAACUCUUAGUAUAUAGAACAUACUGUACAUCGAAAGUGUAGAAUAACUUUGUGUUAGUACAAUAUAAGAAUCCUUUAUGAGAUGGCUAUCUGUAAAACUGUGUGUAUACCAUAAUCACUGUGAUAUUAAGUAUACUAGGUCAUUCAAUAGGUUCUGAGAAAAGUCUCAUAAAUUAAUUGUUUAAAUAAUUGUUAAUGACUUUCUUCUAGAAAUCUUCACAGGGUAUGAUCCAUCUUUUUGGAGAAAAAUAUGGUUAUUCAUGUUUUGAGUGGGUGAAGAUUUUCUCAUAACUUAUUGAUCG